UAGCCGUUUUUAAAAGGUGGGUGAACCCCAGCUGACGUGCAGUCUUUCUGUGGAGGGGAGCUCUUCUUCUGUGGGAGUCUAUCGUAACCCGCAAACAUGCCGACGGACGCGCAAUCAGACGCGCGCUCCUACCUCAGCGAGGAACAGAUCGGAGAGUUCAAGGCCGCGUUCGACAUGUUCGACACUGAUGGCGGCGGAGACAUCAGCACCAAGGAGCUGGGCACCGUCAUGAGGAUGUUGGGGCAGAACCCCACGGCUGUGUCUGUCUGUGGCAGGAACGCCGACGGCUACAUCGACAGGGAGGAGUUCGCCAUGAUCAUCCGCAGUGCGGGCGAGAACGUGUCGGAUGAAGAGAUCGAUGAGCUCCUCCGGGAAGGAGACAAAAAUAACGAUGGCAAACUGGACUUCGAUGAGUGGCUGAAACUGAUGGAGAACGUGCAGUAAAAGAGCAACAUUCCUCUGCAACACUCUGCAAAGUGACACUUUGUGUUUUGUCAUGCAAGCGGUUUUUCUGACUUCGCUCGAUACUGCUCCCCUUAGAGACAAGUGCGCCAGCUCAGCCUUCUAGCGCUUCCAAAGACAAAGACAGAAACAGAGACAGAAGAAACAAAGUCUUCCCCUCUUCUCCCUCUCAUUGACAUGAUGGGACCCUGGGAAUCGUACUCCAGCGCCAACCU